AUGGAUCCGCUCGACAGCGUUAUCAACGCCGUAGCAUCCCCGGCACAACUGUCGGUUAACGUUAUCAACGCCGUGGUAUCCCCGACACUACUGUCGGAUAAAGUUAUCAACUCCGUGGUAUCCCCGGCACAACUUUUGGAUAACGUUAUCGAUUCCGUGGUAUCCCCGAAACCACCCGUAGAAAAACCAGUACGGUAUUGUCUAAUUUGCGGCGACAAAUCGUCUGGAUGUCACUAUGGAGUUCUGACCUGUGAAGGAUGCAAGAAAUUCUUCUGCCGUGCGUACGACAAGGAGUAUCAAUGCAGAUACAAGACACCAUGUGCGAUCACCCCGAAAACUCGAAACGACUGUAAAGCUUGUCGACUGAAAAAGUGCAGAGAAGUGGGAAUGCAUAAACAGUCUCAGCCUCCGAAACUAGCCAGCAACCGCCCACAACCAAUCGACACCAUUCAACAAUCUCUGCUGCCAGCCAUCAACAACGUAUCUCUGCAACCGACCAACAACCGCCCACAACCAAUCGACACCAUUCAACAAUCUCUGGAACCAGCAAACAACAGCCAACAACCAUUCAAUCCCACUCAAAAGGAAAAGUUUGAAUUCGCAUGGAUCACCCAACAUAUUCAUCAAUUCCAUUUGCCGACAUAUGGCUACUCGAAUGAGAGAAUGAUGAUGAUGACGAUCAAGGAUGUUGAACUGAAGACCAACACGGAAACUCUCCAGCACUUUAUCAACGAAAUCGACUCCGACAUCAAAUCCUUCAUCCCCUUCGCCAGAAACGUUCCACUUCUCAACGACUUGUCCUCCGAAGACAAAAUUAUUCUCCUGAAGAGACACGCAUUCUCCAUUUAUCUUGUUCGAUCCGCACCAGCUUUCACUGACUGCGGAUUCCUUCUCAAGAAUGGUGGCAUUAUUGCCUGGGAGAAGUUCCACAAACUCUUCUACGGGGGGUUGGGCAUAAAAAUGAAGUCAUUUGCGACUGCGAUAGAGUUGAUGCAUUUUAGCGAGGCGGAACUCGGAGUGUUCUUGAUGCUUAUCAUGCUCCAACCGAUUUUAAUGAAAGACGUCGUGAAGACGGGAUUCGAUAAUGUGUUUAUGCUGAUUGAAAAUUACGCUCUGAUCUCCAGAACCUUGUAUUACAAAUUGUCAACUCGAGAUCAAAAAGAACGAUUGUUCGACAAGAUUCAGGGACUCCUCGAGCAGGUUAACACUAUUAAUAAUCUCCACAAUCAAACCCUUGAUUUGAUAAGAAAAAACCUCAUCUGCUUUUCUGUUCCUCGCCUAUUCUCUGAAAUCUUCGGUGUCCCACGGACCGUAUUGGAUGAAGAAGUAGCCGAGCACGUAAGACGAAUUAAAGAAUCACAAGAAUAUUUGAAAUCUCGUGGGUUAUUGAAUAUUCUGUGA